CGUUCUCUCUCUUCUGCAACUCAAAGCAACCCUCCAAAUUCCUAAUCCCUAAUUCUUUCCCUUUCCUCGACGUCUUCUUCUUCUCUCCUCCUUUCCUUCUCUGCAUCAUACUGAUGAAUACCCUUUCGAGUUUGGAUUCAAAACUUGACAAUCGAACCUACUGUCUACCUGUUGUUCAACGAAUACAGUUUUUUCAGUCCCAUCUUCGCAUAAAAGUCCAAGUUUAUUGAAGAAACACAGAUCCUACGGCUGUGUUUGAAUUUGUAAGUUAUUCGGACGGUGUAGAUCAUCAUUCACACGGAUUGAGGUUUGAAAUUGUGUUUCUCUUCUUUGCCCUCAUCCUCCGAUGAAGUCUUUAAAGCCAAACCAUUUCUCCUUCCCUCUCCGUUGUGCAUCUGCGUUGUUCUUCCGGGUAUUAGUUAUUAAAGAAACGUUUGCUGUUGUUUCAAGAGAUCCGGUCAAUGGAGAACCCUCCCAUCACUUCUCUUAAUGAAUUGGAUGUAACCAAGACAUACGUGACUAUUAAAGUUCGCAUACUUAAGCUUUGGAAGCUACUAUCAUUUAAAGUCAAGAAUGCUAUUCAUGCGGUCGAACUGAUCCUAAUGGAUGAGGAGGGUACCAAAAUUCAAGCAAGUGUUGGUGGUAAUUAUCUUGUAAAGUAUGGAAGAUUGCUGGUAGAAAAGAGUUGUGUCAUGGUUACUAAGUUUGAUGUUGGUGACAACGUAUCUCCGUACCGCCCAACCAACCACAAACAUAAACUGUUUUUCAAUUUCUCUACCGACGUCAGAAGCAUUGAUGACUUUGGUGGUUCAAUUGAUGGAUUCUCUUUUACAUCAUUCGAUGUUCUUCGUAAUCGUCGUAUUCCGCAAGACUCUCCUGUUGAUAUCAUUGGUUAUGUUGAUGGUUGGUUUCCUAUGGUUGAUCAUACCAGCAGUAAUGGGAGAGUGAACAAAAAAAUGAGCUUACAACUUCGUGACUUAGAGUUCCUUAAUGUUUAUUUGACUUUGUGGGGAGAAUAUGCGGUCCAAAUGUCGAAGUUUUUGGAACAGAAACCGGGUGAUGUGUUUGUGAUAUUGCAGUUUGGAAGAUAUAGCUUUCAUGAAGGUAAGGCAUACGUGUCCAGUUCUUUUCAGAACAACAAUUUGUAUCUGAAUGAAGGUAUUGAUGAGCUAAUUGAUUUCCAAAAGAGGUUACUUGAAAGAAGACCGGAUGUUGGUUCUUUUAGCCGUCCUUUUGGUUCAUCUCAAACUGGCAGAACUGUUCAUGAAGAUUUUUUGGUUGGAACUGCUUUCAAGACGAUAGACGAGCUUAAUAAAAUUCAGGAGACAAUGAAUGUGAUUGUGCUUGGUACAGUGAUAAGCUUCCCUCCUGGUGUUGAGUGGUAUUACAAUUCUUGUAAGGAUUGUAUGAAGAAGGUUAGUGUGCUGUAUUUUGUAAAUGAUGGAGAGGAUGGAUUAGAUUUAAGUGAUGAGAAGCAGACAGUUCGAUGCAUAAAUGAUGUUUGCAAUGAAAAAGGUGUUUCUGUGGUUCCCCGGUUGAAACUUCAACUUAAGUUACAAGAUUCUACUGGUAUUGCAUCUUUAACUUGCUUAGAUCAUGUUGCUCGAAAAUUACUUGGAAAGACUGCUCAAGAGUUGGUUGAUAAGUUUCUUGAUGGUGAAACGGAUAAAUUGCUACCGGAUGAAAUUAGUAAUUUGGUUGGAAAAAAGAUGGCGUUUAAGGUUGAGAUUUCUCACUUUAAUGUGAACAAUCACUACAAGUCAUUCACUGUCAAAAGAUUUUCUGGUGAUCCUGAAAUCAUUUCUCAGCUUGAAUCAAAGAUAGGGAUUGACCAUGUUGCUCUUUCAAACUCUAUGAAUCUCUCAUCUGGUGAUUUUGCAAGUGUUGAUACUGUUGAUUUGAAGGAUGAUUCUCCGAUGUCAAUGAUUGGUUCAAGUGCUGGAUCAAUAUCUUUGGUUACCAAAAAUGCUGAGAAGAUAAGUGAACAUUCCGAGUUGAAGCGUAAUCUUGGGGAGUCUUAUGAUCAUGAGGAGUCAGCAACCAAAGUGGCUUUAGGUUGCAAUGAAGAAUUGAACACUUAUAGCAAAGACAAGCGCAAGACCAGAAAAUAUAGUGCUAACCAGAAGGAUUCUAUACCAUUCAACAAUGCUUUUGAGACUCCGGUUUCGUUGAUUGAUUCAAGUGCUGGUGGUAUGGCUUUACGUAACAAGAGGCCAGGAAAGAUGAAGGCACAAUUUGAGCUGAAGCGUGUUCUUGCUGAAGAUUUUGAUCGUGACGAAUCUGGAAGUAAAGAUCCUUUAUCUUUGAAUGAAGGCUCUAAGUCACUUUUGAUUCCCAAGAAGGAAAAAUGAUCACAUCUAUUCAUUGUUAAGACAAUUAUUAUUCCAUGUUUAGGAUAUCUAUUAUUUGUUUUUGAAAACUUAUGUUGAUUAAGUAACUUGAUGUAGGUAUGAUGGUUGUGCCUUUUGGAUUUGGUUAUUUAAAUUUAU